AAAACAAACAAGAAUUCCCUGCGCUCCAAGAAAUCCCCGCUCACCCAAACUACACACGCAAAAACCCAUCAACAAACCCCCUCUUCUACCUUUCUCUUCCCAUAAUUUCUAUCAAACAAAAAAACUCAGAAAAAAAUGGCGGACGCUUCUUCAUCGUCUCUAUCGCAAUCCGACGCUCAGAUAGAAGAAACCCUAGAUCGCAUGCUCACUCGCCUCGCCCUCGCCGACGACUCCAACCUCUCCUCCCUCCUCCCCAAGAUCCUCCCUUACUCCAUCUCCUCCCUCUCCUCUCCCUCCCAAUCCAUCCGCAAACUGGUUCUCGAGAUUUUGAGUCAUGUGAACAAGCGAGUCAAGCACCGGCCGGAGAUCGGGCUGCCGUUCUCGGAGAUAUGGAGGGUUUACAGUGAGCCGAAUGCGGUUUCGAUGGUGAGGAAUUUUUGCAUUGUGUACAUUGAGAUGGCGUUCGAGCGAUUGCCGAAAGAGGUUAAGGAGGAAUCCGCGCCUGAGCUGUUGGUGGGUCUUGGGAAGCGGCCUCAACAGCAUCAAGAUAUCAUUUUGAGGAUUGUUGCAAAGGUGAUUGGUGAAUGCCAUUCAAGCCGGAUUGCGGAAAAUAUUGCUGGAAAGUAUAGAACAAUUAGCAACCAUAAUGAGGGAAAACUAUUUCUGGAGUUCUGUUAUCAUACAAUUCUGUACCAACCAAUUGACGCUAAAUUGCUGGCAGGACUUUCAGUUGUUCAGUCAAAUCGUGUUACUGGCAAGCUUCCACUGAAAGGUGACACACUUUUGACUAGAAAGCUUGGAAUUUUGAAUGUUGUAGAAGCAAUGCAAUUUCCUCCUGAGCGUGUAUAUCCUCUGUAUCUGGCUGCUGCCUCUGAUGGCCAGGAGGCUAUUACCAGAAGGGGAGAGGAGCUGUUAAAGCGUAAGGCUGCUGGUGUAAACCUAGAUGACUCUGAUCUGAUAAGAGGACUAUUCAUGCUAUUUAAUGGAACUGUUGGAGUUGAAAACAUAGUUGAAGAAUCCAGAGUUACUCCUGCAAAUCCUGCAUUGAGAGCUCGUCUUAUGUCUGUUUUCUGCCAUUCAAUUGCUGCAGCCAACUCUUUUCCUUUGACUUUGCAGUGCAUCUUUGGUUGCAUUUAUGGUGGUGGAACUACCUCAAGGCUGAAGCAAAUGGGAAUGGAGUUCACUGUAUGGGUAUUUAAACAUGCGGCAAUUGAUCAACUGAAGCUUAUGGGUCCUGUCAUCUUAAGUGCUAUACUAAAAGAUCUUGAUGGUUCCUCAAGAGAAACAGAGUCUACUGCUCGUGAUACUAAAACAUUUGCAUUCCAAGCAAUCGGGCUGCUUGCAUCUCGCAUGCCUCAUCUUUUCAGAGAAAAAACUGACAUGGCUGUUCGGCUUUUCGCGGCUUUGAAAUCAGAAGAUCAAUCUCUUCGUCUCGCUAUUCAGGAAGCACUCAAUUCACUUGUGAUGGCUUACAAGGAUUCUUCAUUGACUAUCUUAAAUGAUCUGGAACCACUUCUGCUGGAAAAUUCUCAAGUGGAACAAAGUGAGGUGCGAUUCUGUGCUGUGAGGUGGGCAAGUUCUUUGUUUGAUUUGCAACAUUGUCCAAGCCGGUACAUUUGCAUGCUUGGAGCUGCAGACACAAAGCUGGACAUAAGGGAAAUGGCUCUUGAAGGGCUUUAUCUGCUGAAAAAUCAAGGACAGAAGUCUGGAUCUAAUUCUGAUCUUAAAUACCCUGAUUUGAGAAACAUGCUGGAUUACAUUUGUCACCAGCAGCCAAAAGUUUUAUAUUCAUCUGAAAUCAUGGAAAAGGAACUUAUUUUCUCAUCAAAAACAUAUGUUGCUAUGGUUAGAUUUUUAAUGAAGUGCUUUGAGGCAGAUUCUAGGCUAUGCAGUUCUGAAGCUGGAUUUAGUGAAUAUGACUCUCCACUGGUAAACAUGUGCUUAUUACUGGAACAUGCGAUGGCAAUUGAAGGAUCUACUGAGUUGCAUGCCACUGCAUCCAAGGCUUUAGUUGACAUUGGUUUUCGUUUUCCAAAGAUGAUAGCUGCACGCUUUGCAGAGCGUAUAUCAUGGUUAAAAGUUUUACUUGGGCAUAUUGACUCUGAUACUCGUGAAUCUGCAUCACGCUUGUUGGGAAUAGCAUGUUCUGCAAUUUCCAAUUCAGCAGCCUCUAGUCUUGUCUCUGAUAUUGCUUCUUCUGUUGGUGGAAAACAAACACUAAGAUUUGAAAAUCAUCAUGGAGCAUUAUGUGCCCUGGGAUAUGUGACUGCAGAAUGUAUGAAAGAAACCCCUAUUAUCCCCGAGGCACUGUUAUUUAGUAUCGUUAAUCGUCUGGUAGAUGUGAUCGAAUCAGAAAGCGCAACUUUGGCAUCUGUUGCAAUUGAAGCAAUCGGUCAUAUUGGUCUUCGUUAUCCAUUGCCUGCACUUGAUCGUAAUUCCAUUUCAGCUGGGGUUUUACCAAUUUUGCGUGAAAGAUUAAGUAAGCUACUUGCCGAUAAUGAUACCAAAGCAAUCCAAAAGAUUGUUAUCUCUCUGGGACAUAUUUCUUUUAAGGAAAAAUCAGUAGCCCACCUAAACAUUGCUCUUGAUUUAAUAUUUGGACUUUGCCGGUCAAAGGUGGAAGAUGUGCUUUUUGCUGCUGGGGAGGCUUUAUCAUUUAUAUGGGGAGGAGUCCCAGUUACACCUGAUCUAAUACUCAAAUCAAACUACAGCUCACUUUCGCAGAGUUCUAAUUAUCUCACUGGUGAAAUGCCCUCAGCUAUAAUGGCAAAUAACCCAUCUGAUAGUGACAAUAGUGAUGAUUCUCAUUGCAUGGCCAGAGAAGUGAUAAUAAAAAAACUCUUUGAUGAUCUUCUUUACAGUAGCAGAAAAGAGGAACGCUGUGCAGGUACUGUCUGGCUUGUGUCGUUGACUAUGUACUGUGGGCAUCAGCCGAAACUGCAGCAACUUCUUCCUGAGAUACAGGAGGCAUUUUCUCACCUUCUUGGGGAGCAAAAUGAACUUACACAGGAACUGGCGUCUCAAGGCAUGAGUAUUGUGUAUGACCUCGGGGAUUCAAGCAUGAAGCAGAACCUUGUUAAUGCUCUUGUAGGCACAUUGACUGGUUCUGGGAAAAGGAAAAGAGCUAUCAAGUUGACGGAGGAUUCCGAAGUAUUUCAAGAAGGGGCUAUUGGUGAAAACCUUGGCGGUGGAAAACUUAGCACUUACAAGGAGCUUUGUGGUCUUGCUAAUGAGAUGGGGCAACCUGACUUAAUCUACAAGUUCAUGGAUCUUGCAAACUAUCAGGCUGCUCUAAAUUCAAAGAGGGGUGCUGCCUUUGGAUUUUCCAAGAUAGCAAAGCAAGCUGGUGAUGCACUUCAACCACAUCUACGUUCAUUGAUCCCUAGGCUUAUCCGAUACCAGUAUGACCCUGAUAAAAAUGUUCAGGAUGCUAUGGCGCACAUUUGGAAGUCAAUUGUUGCAGAACCUAAGAAAACUGUUGAUGAAUAUUUUGAUCCUAUUGUGGAGGAUUUGCUAAUACAAUCUGGAUCUAGACUAUGGCGCUCCCGUGAAGCUUCCUGUCUUGCUCUUGCAGACAUUAUUCAAGGGCGCAAAUUUAUUCAGGUUUCUAAGCAUUUGCGAAGAAUAUGGUCCACAACAUUUCGUGCUAUGGAUGACAUAAAAGAAACUGUACGGAAUGCUGGUGACAGUUUAUGUCGUGCUGUUACUUCACUGACCACCAGGCUUUGUGACGUAUCACUGACUGCAGCCUCAGAUGCUACUGAGACGAUGAAUAUUGUUUUGCCUUUCUUUCUUGUUGAAGGGAUAGUGAGUAAAGUCUCCAGCAUACAGAAAGCAUCGAUAGCAAUUGUUAUGAAACUUUCUAAGGGUGCUGGAACAGCAAUUCGACCACAUUUGCCUGAUCUUGUUUGCUGCAUGCUAGAAUGUUUGUCAAGCCUAGAAGAUCAGAGGCUCAACUAUGUUGAGUUGCAUGCGGCAAAUGUCGGAAUUCAGACAGAAAAACUUGAAAAUCUGCGAAUAGCAGUCGCGAAAGAUUCACCGAUGUGGGAAACCCUUGAUCUGUGUCUUAAAGUUGUUGAUGCGCAAUCCUUGGAUCUAUUAGUUCCUCGUCUCAUGCAGAUGGUUAGAUCUGGAGUUGGUCUUAACACCAGGGUUGGUGUGGCCAGCUUUAUCACAUUUUUGGUUCAGAAAGUAACCACUGACAUCAAACCAUAUGUCAAUAUGCUAUCAAAUGUUUUAUUUCGUGCUGUGUUGGAUGAGAAGAGUGGUUAUGCAAAGCGAUCUUUUGCCUCUUCUUGUGCCAUCAUUUUGAAGUAUGCAAGUCCAUCCCAGGCCCAAAAGAUUAUUGAAAACACAGCUGCUUUGCAUUCAGGUGAUAGAAAUUCUCAGAUUUCGUGUGCAAUACUUCUGAAAAACUAUUCAAGCCUUGCAGCAGAUGUUGUUAAUGGAUAUCAUGCCACGAUCUUGCCUAUUAUCUUUCUUUCAAGAUUUGAUGAUGAUAAGGAUAUCAAUACUUUAUAUGAGGAACUAUGGGAAGAUAACUCAAGCACUGAGAGAGUCACUCUUCAGCUGUACUUAACAGAAAUUGUUAAUCUACUAUCUGACUCCAUUUCAUCAUUGUCAUGGGCAAGUAAAAGAAAGUCAGCCAAGGGAAUAAGAAAACUCAGUGAUGUCCUGGGUGAAUCUCUUGCUUCCGUCCAUCGAAUUCUUCUUAAUUGCCUUCUAAAAGAGAUACCUGGUCGUUUAUGGGAGGGAAAAGAUGUUAUUUUGCACUCCAUUGCUUCGCUUACUUCAUCUUGUCAUGGUGCAAUAGCUUCCGAAGAUCCUGCCACUCCAAACAUUAUUCUAAGUGCUAUAACUUCUGCUUGUACAAAGAAAGCAAAAACCUACAGGGAAGCAGCUUUCUCAUGUCUAGAACAGGUCAUUAGAGCUUUUGAUAAUCCAGAUUUUUUCAGCACUGUUUUUCCUAUGCUACAUGAGGUUUCUAGUCAAGCCUGUGCUGCGAAGCCUACAAAUUCAUCUCUCGUUACUUCUUCUGGAACAGGGGAAGAAAGCGCAGAAGUUGUUUCUGUUUCUCUUGACAAGGUCGUUGACUGUGUGACUUCUUGUCUCCGUGUUGCUCGUCUGUUAGAUGUUAUUGAACAUAAAGAAAAAUUGAUACACGUUUUUUUGUGUGCUCUGUCUCCUGGAUUCAAUUGGACAGUGAAAAUGUCAGUUUUUUCUUGUAUUAAGGAGCUUUGUUCCAAACUACACCCUUCCUCAGAACCUAGUGAUUUUUCUGAUGAUCAAAUAUCUUUAGUUUAUGAGUUAUUUCACUCGGUGGGCCCAAAAGUAGUUGAAUGCAUUCAAAAUGUAAAGAUAUCUCAGGUUCAUACGGCUGCUUCAGAGUGCCUGUUAGAAAUGAGCAAGUUGUAUAGAGGCAUACCUUCUGAACAAAGAAAAAAUAUCGAGUUCAGCGAUGAGCUCAUUCAUCUGUGUGAAGUGGAGAAGAGUGAGCAGGCAAAGACAUUACUCCAAAAAGUAGUUGCUCUUCUUGAAGAACUUGGGGAAGAAAACACACCGAUGGUCCAAGAAUAGGAUAUCAUGUCAAACCCUAUUUUUUUUACUUGUUAUACAUUGUGUACUCAUGUUGUAAAUUUGGAGAGUUGUCAUCCUCUUCCUUCUUUCGACUUAUACAACCCUUUCUUCUAUAAGGGGCAAAAUUGGUUUUAAAAUGUCAAAAACAUGAUACUUCACUUAUAAUUGAGUAAACUAGCGUGUACCCUGUUCAAAGCACGGGCUUUUAUUUUUUUUUUUAAGCAUUGCAUUUUGAAACCGCCUC